ACCGCUGCUCACUGGCAACAAAUUACAGCCAUUUAUUAUUGGUAUAAGGGGGGGAGAAAAGGAGAGAACACGCUGAAACGUAAUUCACUCUCUGUAAGUGUUCAUGGGGGGAAAAUACAGCGGUUAUAUAUUCACGGACAGGAAAUCAGGGAAAUAAUGACAAACACCCAAAGCAAAUACUUCUCAUUUAUCCAAAACCAUUGAUGCGUGUUGUGUCUUUUUCACUUGGAUAGAGGUGGACACAUUUUUUUAAGAACCCGAGGGCGCCAUCCAGUGUCCAAAUUGGGGUCUGGUGAACUCUGCGUGGACCACCCCUCACUGCGGUGCUGAAGUGAAAGAUAAAAAUACCCCCCUCCUUCUCCUCCUUCUCCUCCACCACCUCCUCCUCCUCCUCCUUUCGUUGAGUCCGCAACAUCCUGACUGGCCGAGGCUGGUGAUCGCAGGCAGCGGUAAAGCCCCGCUUACAACCACGGAUGAAUUAGAAAAAAAGCUGCUGUAACCACCGCCGCCCCCUUUUUUCUUUCUUUCUUUCACUUAUUGUCUGUGUGGAAGAGUCGGGCUGUAAACACUCUUGACAGUGUGAAGCGUAUACCAGAUCACAUAGCACUGCAGCUGCCUUGCUGCACAGCACAUCAAGUGCAAGAGCUAUAAUAGGAAGGAGAGGUAGGAUUGCACAGCUGACGGUGCUGAUUCCAAAGAGCCAGAGCUCUGCAGUCCUAUUUCAGUCACUGGUGGAACUUAAAGGCUUAUUAGUAAAAUAUCACAUCAUUAAAACACCUUGUUGUGUCGCUGACAACUACACACUGGUGCAUUUCAGCAUCAUAUUGAUUUGGGCUGACUCCCCCCACCCCCAGCUUGGCUUUAGUGUAAAUAAUUAAUCAUCAAAGUAAUCUAUAUGAAACUGGACUACGUACUAUAACUGUGUUCUGUAAUCUGACGCCACAGCCUUAAAACAGUAAAACUUAUUAACACAUUCCUUUGAAAUAAUCAAUAGUAUGUGGAAAAACACUGGUCAAGUAACCUGUUAUAAACGCUGCACAUUUUUAAAUGUGUGUGUAUGUUUAAGCAGCCUUUAAUCUGUUUAAUCUAUUUUUACCUCUUUGCCUUCAGUCGGGUCUAAUAUUAUGUGGCUUAUUGCUUUUCAACCCGUCAGGCUCCCUGUGUACAGAUCCACCAUGGGGAUCAAAGCUGCCCUCCCCAGAUAUGAGCUGUAUCUCUACACAGCUGUACUCGCCGGGGCCUUGAUAUGGGCUGGCAGUUGGAUAUUUGAUGCUUCUAUCGACAAUGUCAGCAGAAAGGCAUUUAAAGAAAGUGUAAAACCAGGAUGGCAUUACUUUGGCAGGAAAAUGGAUGUUGCAGACUUCGAAUGGAUGAUGUGGUUUUCUACAUUCCGCAAUCAUAUCCUUUUUGCUCUCACUGGUCACGUGAUCUUUGCCAAGAUUCUCACCCUCGUAGCCCCAAAGAUUGGUAUAAAUGGAUGUAAGCACAGAUCCUUGAUCUUUGGUGUGUACGGUGGUUUGUCGGUCCUGGUCACGAUGGGUUGGACCUUCAUGGGUCUGGUUCUGUCUCACUGCAUCAUACUCUACAGUGUUGCUAUGGUCAAGAGGAAGUGGAUGUGCUUUGCAGCUGGCCUGGCCUCACUGGCCUCCAUCAAGUUAGAGCCCUAUAACUCCUGGCAGGAAUCUCUUGUGACCGGCUCCUUUGACCUUCAAGACAUCCUGUUCUAUGGAGGCUGCGGCUUCAGCAUCAUGCGCUGUAUGAGCUUUGCGCUGGAGAACUGUGAAAAAAAGGAUGGAAACUACACCUUCUGUGACCUGCUGAAAUACAACUUCUACCUCCCGUUCUUCUUCUUUGGUCCCAUCAUGACCUUCGACAGGUAUCACGCUCAGGUGAACAACACCAAGCUGAUCCGCAAAGAGAGGGAGAUGUGGAACAUCACCACCAAGGCCUUGUUGCACCUGGGAGUCAUUUUGGUGGUGGACGUCUUCUUCCACUAUCUUUACAUCCUGACGAUCCCCAGUGACAUGAAGCUGGUCACGAAGCUGUCUGACUGGUGUCUGGCUGGUCUGGCUUAUUCCAACCUGGUGUAUGACUGGGUGAAAGCAGCUGUGAUGUUUGGUGUCAUCAACACUGUGGCUACACUGGAUCACCUGGACCCCCCUCAGCCGCCCAAGUGCAUCACCAUGCUCUACGUCUUCGCUGAGACGCACUUUGACAGAGGCAUCAACGACUGGCUGUGCAAGUAUGUUUAUGAUUAUAUCGGCGGGGAUCACGAUAAAAUCCCCAAAGAACUCUUAGCGACAAUCUGCACCUUCGCUGUCACCACCCUGUGGCUGGGCCCAUGUGAAGUGGUUUACAUCUGGUCCUUUUUCAACUGCUUUGGCCUCAACUUUGAGUUGUGGGUGGCUAAGUUAUUCUCUAUCCCACCAUUUUCUACCAUUGAGGGUGCUAUGGGUGAAGCAAUGUCACGCAGGAUCCGCGGUGUCUUCAACGCUGCCAACUUCUGGGCCAUCGUCCUCUACAACGUUCUCUCCCUCAACAGUUUGGGCUUUGCCAAACUUGUGGGCAGGAGACUGAUUUUCAAAGGUUUCCCUCUGUCCUCCCUCUCUGUGUUGCUUGUGACCUACUGUGGUGUGCAGUUGGUGAAGGAGCGGGAGCGACAAAAAGCCCUGCAGGAGGAUGCAGAGCUGGUGAAAGAAAAAGCAGAAUAAACAGAGAGAGUGAGAGUUUAUAAACAGAGAGAGUGAGAGUUUCACAGACUUCGUGCUCAACAGCCCCCACAUUCUUCCAUCCUUUGUGAACUGUCACUGAAACAGACUGUAACAGCCUGUCCGCACCUACAUCGGUCACAAGCCCGUGUGUUUUCUUUUUUUUUUUCCACUAUUGUUUUGUCAGAAGUGAGGAAAUGUUUUGAACUGUGAAAUAUCCUCAAGUGCUCUUGCUGUAGAUAAUCGCCACGUCCUCUGGCACAAACCCACCGAUGGUGCAUUUUGUAUUCAUAUUUUAUCCAAAUAAAAUAAUGUUUAUUAAAUUAUAGGCCUGCCAAAUAUUUUAUAAAGCUAUACUGUAGGUUGUACAAGGACAAACGGGAUUGUAAAGGAACAACAACUGUGCUCUGUGUUGUUUUCUCCUGACUUUGGAUUUUUCUCAGAUUUUUCUUUUUUUUUUAAUAUUGUCAGAUGGUCUCUUAAUUUUGCUUUAGAUGCCAUAAUCCUCAUGAUAUCUAACAACACUGAAAGGUAAACCACACUUGAAAAGUCAAAACUUGAAAUCAGGAUUUCAUGAAUGAGUGCAAUAAAGAAAAUAAACAAAAGGUGCUUUGGAGAUUCUCCACAUUA